UUUUUUUCCCCCCAUGGCUGUUUCCACAGCUCAUACCACAAACCGUAGGAAUAUUAUCCCUUAAAUCUUAUUCCUAUCAUUGUGGUGAUAUUGGUUCUCGUAUACUGUGUGUAUAAAAGUAUACAUUAGAAACCACAGCAACACACACCCUAAAAUGCAUAUCUGCUCAUACUGUCUGUUUUCUUACGAGCCCGUGAGUGAGCAAUAAGAUUACGAUGGCUUAUUUAAUAUAAAUUCAAAAACGAACCAUUUUUCUAUGGUAAAUGCUUUAUGUUUGUGAGAAGUGCGACUUUUAGUACCGCGCUGAGAAGCAUGACCUUUAGUUUCUGUGUCUAUUUCCACAAACAGUUUAUUUUGCUAGUGAAUGACAGUGAAUAGAGACUGCUGUCUUCUUUGUGGUUAUGUGGGACACUGCGUAGGAGGCUUACAUACUGCUGCUGGCGAAAAUGGUUCUCUGAAGUAGUAUAGUGCACCAGUCAAUCUCAUCUAGGCUCAGAGUGGGCUAGGAUUUUUAAAAAACUAGCAGAUUACAUUGUGAGGAGAGGUGUAAUUCGAUUACAUCUGUUAUCUGGUCCAGUCCUGAGCAGAUCGUCUGGAUUGGCUGGGCAUGUAUGGGUCGAGAAUGAUAAGCAAGAGUGGAUUGUCGGAGAGGGAAAGAAAUAGAAUUGCUCAGCACUAUGACUUUCUGACACCGAGAUAAUCUUCCUAGAAAAUGGCUGUUGGCCUGGAUGUUGGACUAAAGUGUGGCUCUUUGAUUUCUGUGCUCUGAGAGACAUGAGGAAUGGCCAGUGUAUGAAGGAACCAGAGGGGAAACGCAUAUUUAGAAGCACAGUAUUUGAACAGACAUUCGCCUCUACUAGCACACACAGUCUGGAUUCAAUUGAUCCUGCAGUUGAGAGCCACUGAGCCAUACUAAGCCUCCCCCUUUCCUCCUCCUCUCUAUCCUUCCUACUCUACUCUCUCCCCUUUGCCUUUGCCCUUCUUUGGCAGGGCUGAAAGACUCCUAUUGUGUUAGGCACACUCCGGCCCCCCAGGCAGACCUCCUCCCUCUUUCUGUCUCAAUCCUUAUCAUGGAGUUCAUCCAGCUCAGUUUGCCCUCAGAGCCAAAGCAGGCAUAUCCUCCAUACUCCUCACUACCACGUUGUCCACCUCCACAUCUUCUCCCCAGAGGAGAUGCAGGCUCAGUGGGAGCCAACGGGGAGUGACCUGACUCCUCUUAGAGCUAGGAGACAGGAGCAGAAGCACCAGGAGCUACUGGUUCUAGCUCUUGGGCUGAGGCUAGGGGUACACACCUUCAGAGGCCCACACUGGUGUGAAUACUGUGCCAACUUCAUGUGGGGUCUCAUUGCCCAGGGUGUACGCUGCUCAGAUUGUGGACUGAACGUGCAUAAGCAAUGCUCAAAACUGGUGCCCAGCGACUGCCAGCCAGACCUGAGGCGCAUCAAGAAGGUUUUUAGCUGUGAUCUCACCACACUGGUUAAAGCUCACAAUACACCACGGCCUAUGGUCCUGGACAUGUGCAUCAGAGAAAUAGAGCAAAGAGGACUGAAGUCAGAAGGACUCUACAGAGUGUCCGGUUUCACAGAUCAUAUAGAUGAUGUGAGGCUGGCUUUUGACAGAGAUGGUGAGAAAGCAGAUAUCAGUGCCAAUGCAUAUCCAGACAUCAACACCAUCACAGGAGCUUUGAAACUCUAUCUGAGGGAUCUGCCCAUCCCUGUCAUCACAUACGAUGUCUAUUCCAAAUUCAUACAAGCAGCCAAAAUGAAUGACCCUGACACCAGGCUAGAAGCAAUCCAUGAUGGCCUGCUUCAGCUUCCUCCUGCUCACUAUGAGACUCUUCGCUACCUGAUGACCCAUCUAAAGAGGGUCACUGUGUAUGAAAAAGACAAUCUGAUGAGUGCAGAGAAUCUGGGAAUCGUCUUUGGUCCAACUUUGAUGCAACCGCCAGACCAGAACACACUAGCCACUCUCAACGACAUGAGGCACCAGAAAAUGAUCGUUCAGCUGUUGAUUGAGCAUGAGGAUAUCCUCUUUUAAAGCCAUGAACUCUAAAGAUGAACUCUACUAUGAGGAAGUCAGUGGUAGACAUUCUUUAAAUUUAAAGACCUUGUCUUGGUAGAAACCUGAUUGGCUUAAAAUGUACAUUUAAUGUAACAUAUUCAAGAAUAGUAGAUUAUAAGAUCAGCGAAAAUGGGCACAACUGUAAGCCUGAUCUUGAGAUUUGAUUGCUGUCAUGAUCCAGUAUGAAUGCUCUUAAAAAAAUGUAUGCAAAUUCUUAUUUAAUAUGACCUCAUGCAGAGCAAAUCAUGAGAUUAAUAAUAACAAUGAUAAAAUAUCAAUUGUUUUUUGUAUAUAUAAGUUGUAUGUAUGGUGCAGUAUAAUGGCAAAGGAUACGUUUCCCCAGCUGCCAAAUAAUGUACAUGACCCCUUGAUACCGUGAUACAUGACUGAUGGUUCCAUGGUUAGUAUGUUGCACUGAUGACAGUUUAACGUUUCACUAUGGGUUAAAAAAAAAAGAAAAGUUGCUCAUUCUUCGUGGUGUGUAUAUGUACACAUUUGUAAUGUGUUUUCGAAUGACAAGACCCAAUAUGAAGCACUUUUUUCCUUUUACAAAGAUUGUAAAUAUUUUGAUCUGUAUUUUUGCUGAAUUUGGUGUUGAUCAUUUUAAAUGUCAUCUUCAUUCAUUUUCCUUUUCUUAAGCAAAGGGUACUGAUGCCAUUCAGUGAGGUUCUGUUGUGCUUGUAUAUAAUCAUGGUUUAUUACUGUAAAUUGUGGUGCUGGUGAGGAGCAUUUUGACCAUCUCAAACUGUGAUGUAGACAUGUGAGCCAGUGCACAUGGGUGAAAGCAGUGGAUGGUGCCAUACCUCAUAAUCAGGCCAUUUAAGAAAGAAUGAAUUAUCCCAUUCUGAUGUUUUUGUCUCUGUAUGAUGAAUUUGCUCAUUUGAUAUGAGAACUUUCUAAAAAUGUGUUUUAUGAAAAAAAAAAAUUAUUUUCUGUGCAGGAUGUAAUUAUGAUUGUAAUUUAACAAAUUUAUUAAAUUACAUAAAUCUGA